CCAAAUCACGGAGUGCUCUGCCUGGAACAAGCUAGGUUAGCUGAUCGUUUGCGCGGCGACGCGGAACCCUUCGUUGUAUGCAGGAACGCGGGCCAGGGACGCACCUCUACGCUCCUCAAUGAGCGGCUUCUAUGUUGACACGCCGUCAAACAUGUCCGACGACGAGCGUUCCCAGGACCACGGUGGUCGUGGCGCUGACUUGGCCAAUACCAGCGAUGACGACGACUUCGAUGACGAUGACCUCUCGUCGCUGCCCUACCCGCAACCCCUCCCCCGCAGCGCCUUUCUCUCCCAGGACUUCAAGGCGUCGGAGUAUUUGUCAACCCUGCGCAACAGGCACCAGACGCUGUCCGACUUGCGAGCCGAGCUACGAGCGAGGAGCCAGAUGCUGUCGAAAGAGCUCCUGGAUCUGGUGAACAACGAAUACCAGGCGUUUCUUGGGCUGGGGGGAGAUCUGCGAGGGGGCGAGGAGAAGGUCGAGGCUGUCAGAGUGGGCGUUCUGGGCUUCGUGAAGGGCGUGGAUGGAGUCAAGAGCGCGGUCAAGGCGAGGAAGGAUGAGGUGGAUGCGCUGUUGGCGGAGAAGAAGCGAACUGCAGAGCAAAUCGCCAUCGGGCGACGGCUGGUCGAGAUUCACACGCGGAUUGGAGAGCUGGAGCAUGCAUUGGCCCUUGCCGUACCCGCGAAGGAGACGCGCAAAGGAGGCCAUGACGAGGAUGCAGGCGAGGACGAGGACAGCGAGUCCGAGGAUGAAGACGACGACGAUGAAGAAGACGAGGAUGGAGAGGACAUUGUUGGCGUGCCACGUCUUGAGCGUCUCGUCAUGACCUACCUGGUCGUGCUACAGAUGAUUGAGCAGGUCGGCCCGGAUCACCCGUUCUUGGUCAAGCAACAGGUCAGGCUGGACAAGAUACGAGAAACGCUGCUGCUGGAUCUGAGCACGGCACUGAAGCAGGCGAAAGCCGCCGGCGCGAAGGGCAAGGCGAAAUUGCUGCGUGUCGUUGCACUGUACGGAGAGCUGAGCGAGGGCAGGGAAGCGAUCAGAGUACUCAAAGAGACGAAGACACAGGGAUGAAAGGCUAUCGGGACGCGAACGUGCUUCAGACUGGACUUGUUUCAUGAUUCGCAUUCGUCGCUUGCGCGUUCAGUUGACGGGCAGCGGGUUGAUCGUUCUAUACGCAGACGUUGGUCUCUACCGAUUUUUCUUUGCGCUGGGGAAAAUCCACUUCGGCACCGUGGCAAACACCCCAAUUCGGAGGGCUCACACCUUUACAUACGAGACAAUUGGCCUUGGGUGCCUAACUCACUUCAUGCUGGCGAUGCUCUCGCCAGCAACAAUGGUCGCCUUUAGCGGCGUAAAGUUGGGGAUGUCGCCAAAGAUGGCAGCGCCGUCCUCAGCAGCUGCGGCUUGGAACUUCUCGGCAGACUCGAAGGUCAGGAUGGCCUCGAUUUGAUAGGGCGACUGCGUGAUUUGGGGUGUGAGCAAAGGCUGUGGUAUAGACCUCGCAACAAAUAGAAUGCUAUGUGGGGUUGCUGCUGACCUCAGAGCCGUCGGCUUGGGGGCCAAGUUUGGCAACCUUCCAGUCGAGCAAGCCUUUGUUCUUCCAUGUGUUCUCGACGAGGGGCAUGUGGGUUGCAAGGUAGCUGGGAAACAAGGCAUCAGCUUUUCUCGUGGAACGCUCACAGGAAGAAUAAGUAGUCGUACUAGUCUAGGUUGAAUUCACCCUGCGGGUACAGCACGGUGACCAGGAUAGGCAUCUUGAAAUUGGCUUCGAACGUUCGAGAGUCCUUUGUCAGUUGGAACUUUGGGAUGAUAUAGGGCUAUACAAAACAACUCGGGGGACCAAAAAAAGCUGAGAACUGCGGAAAUUUGUGUACGCGAGGAGCUGACAUGGGAAGACGGCUUUAUAUACUGCCACUCAAUAAACACCUGUACCCGAUCGACUUAAGCUGGCAGUCCACAUGCGCGCCGAAGUGAGGGGCACAAAACAGUCCUUUCAAGCAGCCCACCCGCGUUAGCCCCUCCUCUUUUCCAACCUCGACCGACGCUUUUUUUUGGGUCCAG